AUGAAUGAUGUUCGUGAUAAAGUUGUUGCGGGACCCUCAUCAUGGGAGACUGCCCCAAAUCUUAGUGACUCCUCACCGGAAAUUCAAUCUUCCCCUGGUGGAAGUGGAGACACGCCACAGACUCCUGGUGCACCGGCACCCCUAGCACCGCAUCUUGCCGCAGAACUCCAUCCUGAUCUUCUACAACAGGGUUGGCGUAAAUAUUGGUCGAGGCGUGAAAACAGACCUUACUUUUGGAAUAAAAUAUCAGGUGAAUCGAUGUGGGAGUUGCCGGCAGUUAAGAGAGAUUUUGAUCCCAUAACGGAUCCACUUGGUAUAUGCCACACAGGGCCACCUAAUGCUGGUAAUGUUACUCCAAGUGCCAGUAAGCGUCGGCCGUCUGAAGACAAUGGACCUCCUCCUAAGAAAUUUGUGCUUGCGGGUCCUUGGGAUCUUGAAGUACCUACAAAUGUUGUAAUAUAUGAACGACCGCCUACGAUUUGUCCACAUCCACAUCCUGAAAUAGAAGGUUUUCGAUUUACAUUGGCCAACAAAUUAAGGCAAUGUUAUCAAGAAUUAUGUCACACAAGAGAAGGUAUAGAUGCACCUAAAGAUUCAUUUAAUAGAUGGCUAAUGGAGAGAAAAGUGAAUGAUCAGGGUGGUUCUGACCCCCUGCUCCCGAGUCACUGCUUUCCAGAAAUAUCAAGGUCUAUGUAUGAAGAAAUUAUGAACGAUAUACCAAUAAAGCUGACGCAUCCCAAAUUCACCGGUGAUGCAAGGAAACAAUUAUCAAGAUAUGCUGAGGCUGCAAAGAAAAUGAUUGAAUCACGAAACGCUUCACCUGAAAGUAGGAAAGUUGUAAAAUGGAAUGCAGAAGACACAUUUCAGUGGUUGCGACGUACAGUCGGAGCGACAUAUGAUGACUUUCAGGACAGAUUAGCUCAUUUAAGAAGACAAUGUCAGCCGCAUUUAGCUGAAACAGCAAAAGCAUCUGUCGAAGGCAUUUGUCUCAAGAUCUACCACUUGUCUGCUGAAUAUGCAAGGAAGAUUAGAGAGAAACACAGUGUAUUGUUAAAAGAAAAUGGAAUACAGGAGCUGCCGGCACCGCUGCAGCAGGCGGCGCUGCGCAAGGUGUGGUGCUACCCGGUGCAGUUCGCGCUGCCGGCGCCGCGCGCGCCGCUCGUCGAGCAUUUUCUCGACCGUGACCAGGCGCUGUUGCGCUACCUAGGCGAGACGCAGGUGCUCAACGCCUCCUACUUGCAGAAGCUUGAGCACCUGUACCGCUACAGCUGCUUCGACGACAAGAAGUUCGAGCAGUUCCUGGCGCGCGUGUGGUGCGUGCUGCGGCGCUACGCGGCGUGGGCGGGCGCGGGCGCGGACGCGCACGUGGCGCAGAUGGCGCUGCCCGUGCCCGUGCUCGAGUGCCUGCAGCGCUGCUUCGGCGUCAGCUUCGAGUGCUUCGCCAGCCCGCUCGACUGCUACUUCCGCCAGUACUGCUCGCCCUUCGCCGACACCGACUCCUACUUCGGCUCGAGAGGGCCGUUCCUGGAGCUGCGGCCGGUGGCGGGGUCGCUGGUGGCGCACGCGCCGCACUGCGAGCCGCUGCUGGAGGCGGCGCUGCGCCACAUGGAGCGCCUGCUGCAGGACUCGGCCGAGCCGCUCAGCUUCGUCGUGGUGCUGCCCGAGGCGCCCGAGCGGCCGGCGCACGCGCUGCUCAAGCUGCAGGCCAGCCACUUCAAGCGCAAGCAGGUGGUCAUUCCGGCAUUUGAACACGAAUAUCGUCAUGGUUUUCAACAUGUUCUUCCAAAGAAUGAAGUGUACUUCCGGUGGGGCGGCGGCACAGUGGUGGUGUGGUUGCAGAACGCGGCCGGCUUCGCGCGCUGGGGGCCCACCGACGAUCGCGUGGAGGCGCUGCUGGACGCCUGGCGGCCGCAGGCCAAGCUGCGCUCGCCGCGCGACCAGCCCGAGGACGCGCCGCAACCGCACGCGCCCCACGCGCCGCACACGCCGCACGCGCCGCUCGCGCCGCACACCCCGCACGCGACCGCGCCCGACAAGCGCUAG